UGCACCAGAGACAGAAAGAACUUGAAAGAAUCAUAUGAAGAAAAUUGCUCCCCAAAGGGAAGAUACAGAGCACUGGAAAAGGCAAAAACUCAUGUCUGACUACCCCUAACAAACACAGACCUAUCUGACAGCAGUUAGGACUGCAGCAACUGCUCCUUGCCUGCCAAGCAGCCUGGCUCCAUGGAAGAGCAGGAGGACAGUUUUGUGCUUUCCCUUGGAGCCAACACCACCAAGUGCAGCUCCGAAACCAACCAAACAGAGGCCCCAACAUGCUGGGCAGGAGCAACCAGGGGCGGCCCAGAGGUGGUGAUUGUACCAGUGCUUUUUGGGUUGAUUUUUCUCCUGGGAAUGGUGGGAAACACGUUAGUGCUGGUUGUUCUGAGGCGUCUUCAGCCUGGAGGACGCCCAUCACACAGUGCCACCAACAUCUUCAUCCUGAACUUAAGCAUUGCAGACUUCUCCUUUCUGCUCUUCUGUGUCCCCUUCCAGGCCACCAUCUACUCCCUGCCAGAGUGGGUCUUCGGUGCCUUUUUUUGCAAGUGGGUUCACUACUUGGCCAUGGCAACAGUGCUGGGCAGCAUCUUCACUCUGGUAGCUAUGUUCAUGGACAGGUACAUCGCUGUGGUCCAUUCCAAAUGUUCACCCUGCAUCCACAGCAAGCGCAACGCUGCCCUCGGUGUGGGUGUCAUUUGGCUGCUGUCUCGGCUCAUUGCCAUCCCUGUGGCCCAAAACCAGGCUCUCACGAGUGGUCAUCAGCAAGCACCCAACAACUCUUUCUACUGGGAGCACUGGGCAAAUGGUUCAACAACCAAGCAGAUGUACAAGGUUACUAUCCUGCUGGUGGGAUACCUGCUGCCUCUGGUGCUCAUCACCUGCUGCUAUGCGAAGGUGGGUGAGAGAGAUGAGAAUAGUACAGCACAGACAGUGCUUUUCAUGAUUGCUGUGUUCCUGCUCUCCUGGCUGCCACAUCAUAUCAUCACCAUGUGGGCAGAGUUUGGGCAAUUUUCUCUGAACAACAUCUCCCUCACCUUCCGCAUUAUCUCUCACUGCUUGGCCUAUGGGAACUCUUGCAUCAACCCCAUCAUUUAUGCUUUCCUCUCAGAAAAUUUCCACAAGGUCUGCCAGCAAGUCUUCACCUGCAGGUUCUUCCUGCAGCCAGUUCCUGCUGAGAAGCUGGCCAGAAUACGCAUGGAGAACUUCUCUACCACACACUCCACCACUAAUAUGUAAAUCGGGCUCACAAAAUGUUUCAGGAGGAAGAGGAGGGAAGAGGGAACCAAAUGGGGAGAACAUGUAUACAAGUGCAUUCCAGGGAGCUGUGGAAUCUGCAAAAAUGUGGACUUUGUCAGAUUACUGGAGUGGUAGGAGGCAUUUUUUCCCUCUGGCUGUGAUGACACUUGACAGAGGUUGUCCUAGGGUAUCUUGCUAGGCCAUGUGCAACAGGAGUAUUAGAGACAGAGAUAGAACUCAUAUGCAGUUGUAACACCCACAGUCUAAAAUAAGAGUUACGCAGAAGGUAGAAGAUGUACUGACAAGAAGAGAGCAGUCAGUUAUGUCUGUAGACAAUCAUGAAGAUGUGAAUAAUGAGUUAUGCGACAUUCAGAGAGCAGUUUGGGAAAAGUUACAUACACAUUUAGCUCACUAGCUGUGAUAGGGUCUCUAAAGCUCCUUGAAGGCUUUGCUACAGUAUUUACCUAUUAGGCAGUAAAACCUUCCACAUGACAUGUCAGUGAUGUGGCUCUCUGCAUUCAGUGGCUCUGUAUAAGCUUAUAUAACACAGGGUCUGAAUGUCUGUGUACUCUUGUGUGUAAUUACUGGUAUUUAAUCACUGGCUCCAGCAACUGUCUCUUGGUGAGCAACAGUAGGAAAGUGGCAUUUCUCAAUAUAUGCUUAAAAGAACUCUGGUUUUGUUUGAAAGUAAUGUUUACAAAAGGUUUUUUGGUAAAUACAGUGUAGUCUGAGUCUAGCUACCCAUGGAUUUUUACUCUAGCAUGUAUAUGCCUAAAGAUUUGUGAUUUGUCUUUUUUGGUGGUUUUGGCUUUGGUUUUUGUUUUUUUUUUUUUUUUUCGACAAACUGUUGUGAUCAACAGUGCACUAGCAACAAUUUAGGGCAUUUGUACCAAGGUCAAGGUUACUGUUUGUAAAUAUAUAAAGUGCAUAUUACUUCAAAAUUAGG